CUUCAGCCAAUUCCAUCAGUCCUCUCAUCCAGCCCUGGAGAUUUGAAAUCAUUCAAAGUGGUAAGGAAAAUGAGAAAAUGCUUGGAAACAACUGAGCCUGAAGCAGGAAAAGAGAAGAAGGGAAACAAAAGAAUAAAUAAAUGGCAACAUAGAAGAAAUUGAAAAGAUGGGUAGAAGGAAUCCUGUGUUUCUCUGAGCUCUGGUGUUUCUGGGCCCUGAACCCAUUAAUAAACAGAAGAAAAAGAACAGGAAAAACCAAGUCUUUAAAGAAAUAGAAGGAGUAAGUCUAGCUUAAAGACAUGCUAUAAACUCCAUGAAGCAUGGGGUGGAUUCUGUAGGGAAAAAAAAUCAAAGAGCCCUUAUGAGAGAAAUAUACAGUUUGUGAGAAGAGCUAUACUGUAGUUGGAAUGGAAGUCUUGAGUCAGAUGAAAUGGGGGGAGAAACCAUACCAAUGCCUGGAAUGUGGAAAGAGCUUCAGUCGGAUGGGAAAUCUACAUCGACAUCGUAGCGUCCACACAGGGGAGAAACCAUAUAAAUGCAUGGAAUGUGGAAAGUGCUUCAGUCAAAGCGGUGUCCUUAAUUCACAUCAUAGAACUCACACAGGAGAGAAACCAUAUAAAUGCAUAGAAUGUGGAAAGUGCUUUCAUACGAACAGUGCCCUUUAUUCACAUCAUAGAACUCACACAGGAGAGAAACCAUAUAAAUGCAUAGAAUGUGGAAAGUGCUUUUGUACGAACAGUGCCCUUAAUUCACAUCACAGAACUCACACAGGAGAGAAACCAUAUAAGUGCAUAGAAUGUGGAAAGAGCUUCCAGCAGAGUGAACGUCUACAUCAACAUCAAAGAAUCCACACAAGAGAGAAACCGUAUAAAUGCAAGGAAUGUGGGAAGUGCUUUAGUCACAGAAGUCACCUGAGUUCCCAUAAAAAAAACCACGCAGGAGAGAAACCAUAUAAAUGCAUGGAAUGCGGAAAGUGCUUCCGUAAGAGCAGUACCCUUAAUUCACAUCAUAGAACUCACACAGGAGAGAAACCAUAUAAAUGCAUGGAAUGUGGAAAGAGCUUCAGUGACAGUGGAACAUAUACUAAACAUCAUCGAACACAUACAGGGGAGAAACCAUAUAAGUGCCUAGAAUGUGGAAAGAGCUUCAGUCGGAGGACAGUUCUACGUUCACAUCAAAGAACGCACACAGGGGAGAAACCAUAUAAAUGCAUGGAAUGUGGCAAGAGAUUCAGCCAGAGCAGUGCCCUCGGUUUACACCAACGAACUCACUCAGGAGAGAAACCCUAUCAAUGCAUGGAAUGUGGAAAGAGAUUCAGUAAAAGCAGUACCCUGAAUUCACAUCAACGAAUUCACACUGGGGAUAAACCAUAUAAAUGCAUGGAAUGUGGAAAGAGUUUCAGUCAGAGGAGUGCCCUUAGUUCACAUGCACGAACUCAUACAGGUGAGAAACCGUAUAAAUGCAUGGAAUGUGGAAAGAAGUUCAGUUAUAGCAAUCACCUGAGUACACAUCAAAGAACUCACACUGGGGAGAGACCCUUUAAAUGCAUUGAAUGUGGAAAGAGCUUCAGUUACAGUAGUCACCUUACUUGCCAUCAAAGAACUCACACAGGGGAGAAACCCUAUAAAUGCUUGGAAUGUGGAAAGAGCUUCAAUCAGAGCAGUCACCUGAGUUCACAUCAAAGAACCCACACUGGGGAGAAACCAUAUAAAUGCAUGGAAUGUGGAAAGAGUUUCAUUCAUAGCAGUGCCCUGAGUUCACAUAAAAGAAGUCACACUGGGGAUAAACCAUAUAAAUGCAUGGAAUGUGGAAAGAGCUUCAGUCAGAGCAGUGAUAUGAGUUCACAUCAAAGAACUCACACUGGGGAGAAACCAUAUAAAUGCAUAGAAUGUGGAAAGAGCUUCAUUCAGAGCAGUGAACUAAGUUCACAUCAAAGAACUCACACUGGAGAGAAACCAUAUAAAUGCAUAGAAUGUGGAAAGAGCUUCAGUCAGAGCAGUGAACUAAGUUCACAUCAAAGAACUCACACUGGAGAGAAACCAUAUAAAUGCAUAGAAUGUGGAAAGAGCUUCAGUCAGAGCAGUGAACUAAGUUCACAUCAAAGAACUCACACUGGAGAGAAACCAUAUAAAUGCAUAGAAUGUGGAAAGAGCUUCAGUCAGAGCAGUGAACUAAGUUCACAUCAAAGAACUCACACUGGAGAGAAACCAUAUAAAUGCAUAGAAUGUGGAAAGAGCUUCAGUCAGAGCAGUGAACUAAGUUCACAUCAAAGAACUCACACUGGAGAGAAACCAUAUAAAUGCAUAGAAUGUGGAAAGAGCUUCAGUCAGAGCAGUGAACUAAGUUCACAUCAAAGAACUCACACUGGAGAGAAACCAUAUAAAUGCAUAGAAUGUGGAAAGAGCUUCAGUCAGAGCAGUGAACUAAGUUCACAUCAAAGAACUCACACUGGGGAGAAACCAUAUAAAUGCAUGGAAUGUGGAAAGAACUUCAGUCUCAGCAUUUCCCUGAGUUCACAUCAAAGAACUCACACUGGAGAGAAACCAUAUAAAUGCAUGGAGUGUGGGAAGAGCUUCACUGACAGCAGUCACCUGAGUUCACAUCAAAGAACUCACACUGGGGAGAAACCAUAUAAAUGCAUGGUAUGUGGGAAGAGCUUCAGUCAGAGCAGUCACCUGAGUUCACAUAAAAGAACUCACACUGGGGAGAAACCAUAUAAAUGCAUAGAAUGUGGAAAGAACUUCAUUCGGAGCAGUGACCUGAGUUCACAUCAAAGAUCUCACACUGGGGAGAAACCAUAUAAAUGCAUGGAAUGUGGGAAGAGCUUCAGUCAGAGCCGUCACCUGAGUUCACAUCGAAGAACUCAUAGUGGGGAGAAACCAUAUAAAUGCAUAGAAUGUGGGAAGAGCUUCAGUCACAGCAGUCACCUGAGUUCACAUCACAGAAUUCAUAGUGGGGAGAAACCAUAUAAAUGCAUAGAAUGUGGGAAGAGCUUCAGUCACAGCAGUCACCUGAGUUCACAUCACAGAAUUCAUAGUGGGGAGAAACCAUAUAAAUGCAUAGAAUGUGGGAAGAGCUUCAGUCACAGCAGUCACCUGAGUUCACAUCAAAGAACUCACACUGGGGAGAAACCAUAUAAAUUCAUGGAGUGUGGGAAGACCUUCAAAAGACUCACAACUGAUGUGAUUACACAACAUGAGAUAAUCCACAGUGGGGUGAAGCAGUAUGAAUGCCUCCAGUGUGGAAAGAGCUUCAGCCAAAGCAGUAGGCUGAGUUCACAUCGAAAAACCCAUACAGGAGCGAAACCAUAUAAAUGCAUGGAAUGCGGAAAAAGCUUCAGUGAGAGUGCUGUUCUUAGGUCACAUCAAAGAACCCAUACAGGGGAGAAACCAUAUAACUGCAUGGAAUGCGGAAAGAGCUUCAGUCAGAGUGGUUGCCUUAGGUCACAUCAAAGAACACAUUCAGGGGAGAAACCGUAUAAAUGCAUGGAAUGUGGAAAGAGCUUCAGUCACAGUAAUAACCUCAGGUCACAUCAAAGAACCCAUACAGGGGAGAAACCAUAUAACUGCAAGGAAUGUGGAAAGAGCGUCAGUUACAGCAGUAAACUUAGUUUGCAUCGAAGAACUCACACAGGGGAGAAACCAUAUAACUGCAAGGAAUGUGGAAAGAGCGUCAGUUACAGCAGUAAACUUAGUUUGCAUCGAAGAACUCACACAGGUGAGAAACCAUAUAAAUGUAUAGACUGUGGAAUGAGUUUCAGUCAGAGUGAUACCCUUAGGUCACAUCAAGGAACCCAUACAGGGGAGAAACCAUAUAAAUGCAUAGAAUGUGGAAAGAGCUUCAGACAGAGUGGUAACCUUAGUUUGCAUCGAAGAACUCACACAGGGGAGAAACCAUAUAAAUGUAUGGAAUGUGGAAAGAGCUUCAGUCAUAGUGGUAACCUUAGGUUACAUCAAAGAACCCAUACAGGAGAGAAACCAUAUAAAUGUAUGGAAUGUGGAAAGAGCUUCAAUCACAGUGGUAAACUUACUAUGCAUCAAAGAACUCACACAUGGGCGAGACCAUAUACAUGCAUAGAAUGUGGAAAGAGCUUCAGUCAGAGUGAUAAUCUUAAGUCACAUCAACGAACCCAUACAGGGGAGAAACCAUAUAAAUGCAUAGAAUGUGGAAAGAGCUACAGUCACAGCAGUAAACUUAGUUUACAUCAAAGAAUUCACACAGGAGAGAAACCAUAUAACUGCAAGGAAUGUGGAAAGAGCUUCAGUCAGAGUAAUAACCUUAGGUCACAUCAAAGAACACACACAGGGGAGAAACCAUAUAAAUGCCUAGAAUGUGGAAAGAGCUUCAGUUGGAAUGGUAACCUUAGGUCACAUCAAAGAACCCACACAGGAGAGAAACCAUUUAAAUGCAUAGAAUGUGGAAAGAGCUUCAGUCAUAGUGGUGACCUUAAGUCACAUCAAAGAACCCAUACAGGGGAGAAACCGUAUAAAUGCAUGGAAUGUGGAAAGAGCUUCAGUCACAGCAGUACCCUUAGUUUGCAUCAGAGAAUUCACACAGGGGAGAGACCAUAUGAAUGCAUGGAAUGUGGAAAGAGCUUCAUUCGGAACGAUAUCCUUAGUUCACAUCAAAGAACCCAUAUAGGGGAGAAACCAUAUAAAUGCAUGGAAUGUGGAAAGAGCUUUAGUUGCAGCAGUAAACUUGGUCUGCAUCUAAGAACUCACACAGGGUUGAAACCAUAUAAAUGCAUUGAAUGUGGAAAGAGCUUCAGUCAGAGACAUAACCAUAGGUCACAUCAAAGAACCCAUACAGGAGAGAAACCAUAUAAAUGCAUGGAAUGUGGAAAGAGCUUCAAUCAGAGUGGAAAACUUAGAUUGCAUCAAAGAACCCAUACAGGGGAGAAACCACAUAAAUGCAUAGAAUGUGGAAGGAGCUUCCAUCAGAGUGGUGACCUUAAGUCACAUCAAAGAACUCAUACAGGAGAGAAACCAUAUAAAUGCAUGAAAUGUGGAAAGAGCUUCCGUCAGAGUGGUGACCUUACGUCACAUCAAAGAACCCAUACAGGGGAGAAACCAUAUAAAUGCAUGGAAUGUGGAAAGAGCUUCAGUCAGAGCGGUAAACAUAGUUUGCAUCAAAGAACUCACACAGGGGAGAAACCAUAUAAAUGCAUUGAAUGUGGAAAGAGCUUCACCACAAGUCAAACUUUGCAUUUGCAUCAAAGAACUCACACAGGAGAGAAACCAUAUAAAUGCAUAGAAUGUGGAAAGAGCUUCAGUCAGAGUGCUAACCUUAGUUCACAUCAAAGAACCCAUACAAGGGAGAAACCGUAUCAAUGCAUGGAAUGUGGAAAGAACUUCAGUCAGAAUAGUCACCUUAUUUUGCAUCAAAGAACUCAUACAGGAGAGAAACCAUAUGAAUGCAUGGAAUGUGGAAAGAGCUUCAGUCGGAGUGCUGACCUUAGGACACAUCAAAGAACCCAUACAGGGGAGAAACCAUAUCAAUGCAUGGAAUGUGGGAAGAGCUUCUGUCAAAGUGGUGACCUUAGGUUACAUCAAAGAAUCCAUACAGGGGAGAAACCAUAUCAAUGCAUGGAAUGUGGGAAGAGCUUCAGUCGGAGUGAUACUCUUAGUUUGCAUGAAAGAACUCACACAGAGGAGAGACCAUAUAAAUGCGUAGAAUGUGGAAAGAGCUUUAUUCGGAGUGAUACCCUUCGGUCACAUGAAAGAACCCAUACAGGGGAGAAAUCAUAUAAAUGCAUGGAAUGUGGAAAGAGCUUCAGUUGGAGUGGUGACCUUAGGUCACAUCAAAGAACCCAUACAGGGGAGAAACCAUAUAAAUGCCUGGAAUGUGGAGAGAGCUUUAUUAGAAGUGGUAACUUUAGGUCACAUCAAAGAACUCAUACAGGCGAGAAACCAUAUAAAUGCGUAGAAUGUGGAAAGAGCUUCAGUCAGAAUUAUAACUGUAGGUUGCAUCAAAGAACCCAUACAGGGGAGAAACCAUAUAAAUGCCUGGAAUGUGGAGAGAGCUUUAUUAGAAGUGGUAACUUUAGGUCACAUCAAAGAACUCAUACAGGCGAGAAACCAUAUAAAUGCGUAGAAUGUGGAAAGAGCUUCAGUCAGAAUUAUAACUGUAGGUUGCAUCAAAGAACCCAUACAGGGGAGAAGCCAUAUACAUGCAUGGAAUGCGGAAAGAGCUUCAGUAACAGCGGUAAACUUCGUUUGCAUCAAAGAACUCACAUAGGGGAGAAACUGUAGAAAUGCAUAGAAUGUGGAAAGAGCUUCAGUAAGAGUGAUAACCUUAAGUCACAUCAAAGAACCCAUACAGAGGAGAAGAAGUAAAUAAGGUGUCUUCAUCCAUGUUUAUUUAACAUUGUAUCACCUGGGUUCAGCUUAUAAUCAUUUGUUAAUACAGCUACAAUAUAUAUUAAGCUCUUAAUCUAUACAUCAUGCU